GGCCGGCUUCGGCAGCAGGGCGCUGGGCGACAGGACCAUCCACCCGCGCCACCUCGCGCAGGGCACGCGGCUCGCCAGCACGCCGGAGGAGCCUUCGGAGAGCGCGCACGCGACGCUCCGCUCGCAGGGCCAGCGGUCGCUAUCCGCCGGCACGGGCCCCCUCGGCCGCACGGUGCCAUCCCCCCAGCGCGAGACGUUUCACAACCAGGUGAUGGGCCGAGAGACGCUGGCGCGGCAUUUGGACCCCAGAGGGGCCCUCCAGGACGAAGCCCGACCCCGUCACCGAGGCCCACCGCCAGCGCCCAGGAUCGCGGAGCAGCGUUGCCCGGGUCAAGGCGAGCUUCCCGCGGUGACGGCGCGGCAGCGCCCCCCGGGGGACGCGGCCAGCAGGCGCGUGCAGCCCCGAGAGCCCGCGGCGCCGCGCGGGGCGGCUUUUG